AUGCACGAGCCACAUCGCUAUCCGUCCGAGUCCGAGUCAGGGUUGGGACUCGUGGCAUCACCGGUAGUAAAAGCUGGUCCUGUUCUGCUCGCCUCCUACUCCUCGGUGUAUCAUAACUGCCUUCGGAAUUCGGCUAUGUCCAGUAUUAAUGGGGUUGCAUGGGGCGUCCCGUUAUUUCGCUCGCUCCUCCGUGACAUCCAGCGACCACACGGCAAUAGUUCCGGCAUCGCUUCUUCCUACGGGAAUGGACUAAUUCCCUAUUCUCCGCAUUCCGGAGAGGAUAAUGGUUGGUCGACUACCACGUCCAUGAAUCUCGGUCAUGUAGAGGAGGACGUGCAAUAUUAUUUGUUUGAACAAGCUGACAAAUAA